AUGUUUGUAAGAGAUGCCGAUGUGUUGUUGCUAGCCGCUAUUUCCAGCUUCACGUUUCCUGAAGGUGCAAUUAGUCUAGAAUGCUAUAUUUGCGGUGAUGACAAUCUGGAUGAGCACGGAGAAUGUCAAGCACAGUUUCAUCUAGCGCUGGCAAACACUGAGAUUGAAAAAUACAAGAGCAAUAAUUACUACGCUGAUUUUAAAAUCACAGGUAGCUAUACCAUCAUGAAAGAAUGUAUCAGCGAAACUGACCAUUACCGCAUAUUUCCACUGAAGCAAUAUGCAGUGACGGAAGAAUGUGAUCUAACUGAUGUAUCUGGUGAGGAGCUUGCUUACUGCCUCUGUAGCCAGGAUUUAUGCAACGCAAAGGAUAUCGUUGACCAGUUCAUCGAUUUCGAAGAAGUACUUUUCAUUUAUUAA